UUUGACACCAUGCAGUACAACGGUGAGUGCCUCUUGCAGUUCCCCGCCCCAGUUUUGACAUGCUGUGCUUUGCCGUGCCAUGCCAUGCGCCGACUGACGCAUCCAAACAUAGGCAUGGGCAAUCGCUUCUCCUCGAUAGCGCAAUAUCAUCAGCUCAUCACCGGCCACGGAAUCCUGGCCGCCAUCGUCUUCUUGUUCGUCAUACCGUUUGCCGUCAUGAUAGCCAGGUUUUCUCGACGUAGAGACGACCGAGCCGUCAAACAUCACGCUUAUCUACAGGUACUGGCCGUCGGUUUGACCACUGUCGUCUUCAUAUUAGGAUUCUUCGCAGUUGGCCCCGAACGAAGUCUGACCAACCCACAUCACGGCAUUGGGGUUGCCAUAUACACCCUGAUUUUGCUUCAAGCAUUGGGCGGCCGCUUCAUCCGUAAAAUCAGGAAGACGUCGCUGCGCAUUAUGAUUCACCAGUGGUUUGGACGGACUAUCGCCCUCCUUGGUAUUGCCCAAGUGCCAUUGGGCCUGACAUUGUAUGGAUCACCCAAGUACACGUUUAUCCUGUUCGCCGUCUGGAUGGCUUUCCUACUGUUGGUCUAUUUCCUGCUGAGCUGGCGCCACGAGAAGACGAAUCCCAAGAUCUAUGCUCAUGGCGGAAGGUCUGUCCCGGCGGGCACUGAGUACUCUGUGUCUGAGAGAAGGGAGGAACGGGAUGGCCGUGGCUGGUUAGGUCCCCUGGCCGCUGGUGCUGGGAUUGCAGCGCUAUGGCAAGGUCGCAAGAACAGGAAAGAAAAGGAGCAGAGCCACAGUCGCAGCCGCAGCCGAUCGCAUGUGCGAAGUCGGAGCAGGCCAGCCGAAGUCAUUUCUUCUAGACAUGGCUCGCCAAGCUACGUUGAAAAGACCGAAUACUCGGAACAUGCCGAGCCACCGAAAAGCGGUGGUUUCAUGAACAAGCUAUUGGGCGCUGCAGCUCUAUUCGGAGCUGGCGCUUUUGCCAAGAAGCAGUUGGACAAACGAGAAACGCGGAGAUAUCGCGAUGAGGAGUAUUCUGCAGUAGCAACUGAAACGCCCAGCAAAUCCGAUCAGAGAACUAGACCAAAGCGCCCGGCCCACUCUCAGCUCACCGAGAGUGAGUUCUCGGAUUCCGUGACAGAGUUUGGAAGAGACGGUAGACAUGGCGGCCCUACCGCUGCAGCCGCUGCUUUGAGCGCUGCUGAAGCUCGCCCUCAUCGGCCAAUGACACCAAGGCCAUCACACCAUCGAGGGCCUACAGAAUCCCGCCUUGACAGUGUAUUCAGUUCUGAUUACUCAUCCUACGUGAGUCCAUCCAGGAGGGCCAGAGAAGAGAGGGAGAAGGGAAAGGGUGGUGCGGGUAAAGGCAUCCUUGCUGGUUUGGGUCUGGGCUGGCUCGCGGCCAAAUUGCAGGGGCGGAAAGACAGAAGGGCGGCCGAGGAGGAAGAGCGCGUGAGAUACGAAGAUGAGAGGCGCGACGGACAACAUGGGUCGAGGCUUACUGGAGACGGCUAUGGAUCGCCUAGGAGGGCAUCACGCCGGCGUCCAUCCCGACCUGCAGGAACCGUCACCACUUACAUGACUGGCGAUUCGGACUUAUCUUCUGUCGAACCUCGUCCUACCGGCGUCAGUUCUGCAGGCCCGCCAAUGCCCCCGCUCGGCCCAGCAGGUCAUGGCCCUGUGCAGAUCCGGCCAGUCGCCGGUGAAUCAAUCACGCAGCACGGGGCAGUCGUGGAGCCUGUGGACAUGCCCUCGAUCCCUAACGAUCCACACGGUAUCUUACACAGGUCUCAAUCGGGCAGUGAAGAAUACAUGUCCGCUGGUGGCCACCCACAUCGCCGCCACUCGUCUCGCCGACGACGCGAGUCUGUAGCUGCUUCCGCCGCGGCACCAGCCAGCGCCCUCGCAGCCGAGCAAGAAUUUGACAGUCGUCGUACGGCUAGGAGCCACUCUCGGGCUCCGAGUCAACCUGUGAGCGUCAAGGUCAAAUAUCACGACGAUCGGGACCGCAACAUCACCCUGCGACGUCUGACAGAGGAGGAAGCAGCACGUGAACAACGAAGAAGACGCCGAUCCCAGUCUGCCAGUAGCCUUAGUGGGUCUGAUAUCGGUGGAAAUGGACGCCAGCGUCGUUACCGUCGCGAUUCGAGCGCGAGGCGGCCUGGAGAUGAAUUGGCCUCGGAACAACUAUCUCCCCCGGCGCCAGCAUUUGCCGGAGGACGAAGACCAGCGAAGGACUCUGCCUACUACUCAGGUCCCCCGCCAGGUCCUUCGACUGCGCCAAUGACACCUAUGCAUGGGAACCCCACGGUUUCUAGUAUUGGCAGUCCAGGUAGCCACGGCGAAUGGAGCGCGCUCAGCCCGUCGCCGAGUGGACCGACUGGCACAGAUGGCGGCAUCUCUGCAGCCGAGCGGAGAAGACGGAGAAGACUUGAAAGAAGAGACCAGCGACCUCCCGCCAGCACUGUGGAGUUCAGCUAGAGGACCUUUUUAUGUUUGGUGAGCAAGCAUGGCGAAGCGAUGACAACAAACUCAUGGGUCGGCGUUCUGGGUGUGAUUCUGAUCAUCUGGGUACUUGCAUGAAGCACAUUUUUUCUUAUGACUGAUGUAUCCAAGAACACGUUUUUCGGUCAAUUUUCAAUUAGAAGUCACUGCACUCGGGGCUUCACAGCCUUGGGUGCUGAUCAUAGUGGGAAAUUCGGUUCAAUCCUAGAAUGGAUUAUGUGGUUGGGCUCAUAAUUGAGUACACCAUCACGGCUUCUUUGUAUUGUAGAUAUGAACUUGGAGAAUGGUAAUACGACAUGCAUUUUUGGCAA